AUGCCCGGCCCCGUAGAUCCCAGUACCCCGACAGAGAACUCGUCGCCGCGGCACUCCCCGCGCAUCGAGCUCCCGGAAGAAGACGCCAGCGCCUCCCCCCGUACAGACGGCCAGACCAGCCCAGGCCUCAGGAACAGCAAAGGAUGGGACGGCAAGCUCAGAGUCCAGCGCACCGCUGUCCUCGCCAACCCAGAGGUCCUCUCCGACCCUGAAUCCGACGACGAGAACGUCCUUCCGGGCGAAGAAUUACCAGCUGACGAAGGCAAACAUCUUCUUGACGGCGAAGACCCAGAAACAGACGAACUCAUCGUCUCCCACGCCCGCGUCUCCUCCAUCCCCGCCCUCCGCCUCGAACGCUUCCAAAAGGUAGUCCGCCUCUGCCUCCGCCAAAACUCGAUUCAGUCCAUCGACGGCCUCGCCGCCCUCGCGCCCACCCUCGAGGACCUCGACUUCUACGACAACCUCAUCUCCCACAUCCGCGGCCUCGACGACCUCGUCAACCUCACUUCACUCGACCUUAGCUUCAACAAGAUCAAGCACAUCAAGCGCGUAAACCACCUGGCCAAGCUCAAAGAGCUCUUCCUCGUCGCCAACAAGAUCUCCACAAUCGAAAACCUCGAAGGGCUCGAUGACCUCACCUCGCUCGAGCUCGGCUCCAACCGCAUCCGCGUCCUCCAGAACCUCGAUUCCCUGAAGAAACUUGAGGAGCUUUGGGUCGCCAAGAACAAAAUCACCGAGCUCACGGGGCUUGGCGGCCUCUCCAACCUUCGCCUCCUCAGCAUCCAGUCCAACCGCAUCCGCGACUUAGCGCCCUUGGCCGAGGUGCCAGGCCUCGAGGAGCUUUACAUCUCCCACAACGCCCUCACCUCCCUCGCCGGUAUCGAAAAGAACGAGAAGCUGCGCGUGCUCGACAUCUCCAACAACGCUGUCGCGAGCGUAAAGGGCCUCGCGCCCCUCAAGAACCUCGAGGAGCUCUGGGCCAGCUACAACCAGAUUGGCGACUUCAACGAGGUCGAGAAGGAGCUCAAGGACAAGGAACACCUGACGACAGUCUACUUUGAGGGCAACCCGCUACAGCUUAGAGGACCCGCGGUGUAUCGCAACAAAGUCCGUCUGGCGUUGCCCCAACUAUCCCAGAUCGACGCAAGUGAGUACAUUAGGAAAAACACCCAUUACUGCGGAAAAUUGUUUGCUGACAAAUCGUUCCAGCCUUUGUCAAGACAUCAUAAUUUUCAGGCACAGCGUUCUAGCAUGAGACUUACGAGGCUGGCGUGGCGUUACAAAGGCGUUUGAUUAGAAGAUCUGGGUGCGAGGGCAGACAUCAAUGGACAUAUAAGGGCCUUUCUUCACCACACGAGAUAUUUCUCGGCACACACGCACACUCAUACGCACCCAGCUAUGCAGUUUGGUGAGCAAGAGUGCAUAUUGCCUGGUGUGAUGCAUCGUUCAUGGGCGGGCGGCUUUUUCUGACUUUGGGCGUGUAAACGCUGCAUGUCGCGGGCGAGCGGGAUUUCAAUCUGGCUUGGUCAUGGCUUUCGUUGUAUUUAAGCGGCAGAUCAUAGUCUUGCCGGGAGAGAGAGGGUAUCUAGAUACAAUCGACGUACGUUGUACGUGGUUUGACACUUGUUGGACAGAUUUCCCACGUACACCGCCAGUUGCAGACUACCAAGAGGCCGCUCUCAUAGGGGUGGUAUGGGUAGUUAUGAAGUGCGAUAAAUCAGGUAUAUGGAUGGAUGGGAUAUGAGAUACGAUCCAUUUAGC